AUGGUGAGCAGGGGACGGUGCUCGACUGGUGCGGUGCGUCCACCAAGGUGUUGUGGUGUUGUGGGUUAUAAUGGUGAGCAGGGGACGGUGCUCGACUGGUGCGGUGUUUCGUUCCAUCAAGGUGUUGUGGUGUUGUGGGUUAUAAUGGUGAGCAGGGGACGGUGCUCGACUGGUGCGGUGCGUCCACCAAGGUGUUGUGGUGUUGUGGGUUAUAAUGGUAUGUCUUCAUCGGACGAAUCGGAUUCUUCUACAUCGCUGAUCACAUAUUUUCCUGCAAUUGUUUACAAUCAAAAAUCUCAGUUGAGUCAGGCUGAAGAAGCUGUUGGCAGUAUGCUAUUAGAUCAAAAAAAAAAAGUUUCAUCGGCGUCAAGAAGGCAAGCUUUAUCUACAGUUGGAUCUAACAGAAAAUUAAGUGUGACAAUUGAGAAUAAUCAUUCUGGAGGAAGUGAGCUUGUGAAAUCAAGAGAAAAUACAAUUAAGAAGCCGAUCAUUGAUAAAAUAAAGAAAAAAGGAGACUUGGCGAUUCUAAAAAAAUCAUUAGGAACAAUGAUUGACAAUGAUUCAAAAGUAACUGGAGAGCAGUUCUCCAAUUAUGACAGCAAGCUUAAUAAAUUACAAGCUACUGUAGAUGACUUGGCCCAACAAAUUCUAUCUUUGUCUGAGAUGGUCAAGAAGCUGAUAAAUAUGCACUUAUCAGUAGAUGUGGAUGAAAUCAAAUUUGGCGACAAAAAAUGCAGUUCUGCGGUAAACGAACAGAGUAUAUUCCUAUCGAGCUUGCUUGCUGAAAAAGAAAACUUGCCUGUUCAAAAUGAUCUAGCAGCAAAGAAGUGGGAUUUUAUCAGAAGAAGACUUGAGCAGGACGAAGAUUUCAGGAGAUAUGUGGAUGAAGGUAUUAUGCAAUUUGGUGGUGAUCCUAGCCUCGAAAUCAUUGAUAAAAUGAUAUCGAAUAAUUAUAAGACAAGGAAUAAUAUUCCAUCAUCAAGACAUAAUCAAGAAUGCCCUGAAGAAGACUCCCCUAGUUCAAUUUUUAAGACUAUGAAAGUAAUCAAGAAAACAACUGUUAAACAGACUCAACGCGAUGAAGCUCCGGUAUUCGCAAAUCCAUUUUCUUAUGAAAUGAAGAAAUAUUUAGAGAAAUAUGGAGUGAUACAAACAUCAGCACAGUUUGGUAAAUGCAACGAAAAAAGAACAGAGCCAAGUUUAAACUUUCACGAAUUAUCUUAUAAUCCGAUGCGUAAAUUGGGUAUCGGAUCAAAGAAUGGGCCUAAAGAAUGGCGUCGUAUUAUCCAUGACAUUGAUGAAAAAAAAUCGAAACGAAAUUAUCAGGUCGGUGAAUAUGAUUCUGAAGAUUUGCUGUAUCACACUGUUUAUUCAGAUUUUGAAGAUUAUGAUUAG